AUGCCGGAGCUCAAGGACACAAGCAAGUUGCCAACCAAGAAGUCCCUCCUCGAUCAGAAACUUGGGGGACUACUGUUUGUACCAUAUCUGACCACCUACCCGCGUCGUGACACGUGGAGCACACUUAAAGCCGAGAGCAGCUCAAGUAGGCCAUGGCGAAUGUUCCUUCGGCAUUCUCUACCGAUUCUAGGAUCAACUACAAUCCAUCAGCUACCCACAUCAACUUUCGGCAUGGUGUGCCGAGCGACCAAUGGUUACAUCAAUCUAACUCUGACAGAUCGUCUCAGAACUCCUGCCAGAACCUGUCAAAGCACGUGUCGAUCUCCGAAGACUCUCCCACGAAUCCCCUUGGCCCGGCCAAGUGUCCGGAUCCAGCCCCCGCUCGAACCUUCGGACAUCACGGAAGAAGGUCACCCCGGUCCUCAACCAUCAGCAUACUUGUAA